AGCUAACAUUGUUUUCAACAUUCUUUUUUUAAUACAAGUUUAAUACGUUUUAAAAUCUUAUUUCUCUUUUUGUUUCUUUUUUUUGUUCUUUUUUUUUAAUGACUAAAUUAGAGGUUAGAAAUAACCUUUCAAAGACGAUAAAGCAAAGGAGAAGAAGCAUCUCCCUUUCUGAUACAAUUGGAUGUUCAAGCAUAUUAAUUGCAAGAACUGACAAAAUGAAGAUGGCGGACGGACCUACAAUCUUGAGAAGAAAUAGACCCGGAACUAAAGCUAAGGAUUUUAGCAUGUGGCCAGAUGAAGUAUUUGAAGAAAUGGAUAGCACAUUGGCGGUACAACAAUAUAUACAACAGACAAUCAGGAGAGAACCAUCAAAUAUAGAAUUGAUACUUAACAUGCCAGAUGCCCAAGAUGAAGGAGUUUGGAAAUAUGAACAUUUAAGACAAUUUUGUAUGGAACUUAAUGGAUUGGCAGUUAGAUUGCAAGAAGAAUGUCAUCCUGAAACAUGUAAUCAAAUGACAGCCACAGAACAGUGGAUAUUUUUAUGCGCUGCGCAUAAAACUCCUAAAGAAUGUCCUGCUAUUGAUUAUACCAGACAUACACUCGAUGGAGCAGCUUGUUUACUGAACAGUAAUAAAUAUUUUCCUAGCAGAGUGAGCAUUAAAGAAUCUUCAGUAGCUAAGCUUGGAUCUGUAUGUCGUAGAGUAUAUAGAAUAUUUUCUCACGCAUAUUUUCAUCACAGAACGAUAUUCGACGAAUUUGAAAAUAAAACAUUUCUUUGUCGAAGGUUUACAGCAUUUGUAACUAAAUAUAAUUUGAUGUCGAAAGAUAAUUUAAUAGUACCUAUAAUGGAAGAAGACGGUGCAACUGAGAGUGAUGCAUAAGAUUUUUACAAUAUAAUAGUAUUAUACAAAAACAAAUCAUCAGAUUUAGAGAGAUCUGGUGGGAAUUUGUUUAUAUUAUCAGGAUACAUUUUCCAAAAUAUUUGUAAACGUGAAUGUAUUCUGAUAAUGAUCGAUAAAACUCUGCUCUUAGAAAAUAUUUUAUACCUAUGAGUAUAUAUAGCAUCAAACGAGAGUGAGUAGAAAUUGAUACUAAUGAUUUUUUGAGGAACAGAGAAAUAAAAAUUGCAAGAAAUUUUUUCAUGCUUCAUAAUUAGCUAUAAUACAAUAUAAGUUGAUGUUUAUCUAUGUAAGACUUAUAAAUCUUUGAUAAUAUAUUAAGAGCUCAAUGACAUAGUUUAUUUGGUAUAAAUGGUAUACUAAUUGCAAUUUUGAAACUUAAAAAAAAAGAAACCUGUUUUGAAAUAUUUCUAUAAUGUUUUAUAGUCAUAACGAUAGAAAAGAGAAAAUUUAAUAUUUCUUAUACAUAUUUAUAAUUAAUAAUGUAUCUGUAUCAAAAUCAGUACUCUCAGCUCUAAGAUAAAAACAACAAAGGUAAAGAAUAAUGUUGUCUUUUUUUUUCUUUUUUUUUUUUUUUUUUUUUUUUUGUAGCAUUUAUAUGUAUAUCUGUAAUUAAUUACAACAUGUUAUAAUUAUAAUAAAUACAAUAAUGUGAGAACUUAAGAAUCUUGCUACUGAAAAUAUAGUUCUAAUGGAGAUAAAUUAAAAAAAAAAAAAAUAAAUAAUUAAAAAAUAUUACAGUCAGUAAUAGUAGAUCCUUAUUUUAAAUAUUACAUUCGCAAAACGCUGUUCCUCCAAUUUUUGAAUUGUUGUAAUAUUGACACUGAAAGUUCAUGUAUCCUUUUGAUAAUUAUAUACAAAUUUUAUUCUCUCUUUUCAAUGCUAAUUAUAUAAUGUUAUUUUUCUUAAAUGAUAAUCUGUUAAACAGUAAUAAUGCAAAGGACGAUUCUAAUGAUACACAAUCUGCGUGAAGAAAAUUUGGAUAAUUAACAACAAGUUAUUCAUAAUUCUAUGCAAAUCAGUCUUGUGCAUAACAGUAUCUUAAAAGAAUUGGGACUGAUUCUCCAAAAAAAAAAAAAAAAAAAAAAAAAAA